AUGUUACUCAAGUCAGUCCUGUCAUCUGCUCUCCUGGCCCUUUCGCUGGGAUCGGAUCUUGCGACUGCCUCCAAACACGGUCGCUUUGCAGAGAUAGCUCGUGCACCACAAGAGAAGGCCAAACGGGCAGUUGAGGCUCGUAACCAGAAACAUGCGAAAUCGGACAAAGAUUACCGCUUCUUGAGCAAGAAGACUAAGCAUUACCUGGUCGACUCCCUGCCGGAUGUUUCAUUUGAUAUCGGCGAGAUGUAUUCUGGUCUGGUGCCAAUUGAUAUGAACAAUAGCUCCAGAUCGCUCUUCUUCAUUUUCCAGCCUACCAUCAACGAGCCCGUAGACGAAGUGACCAUCUGGCUCAACGGUGGCCCUGGAUGCAGUUCGAUGGAGAGUUUCUUGCAAGAGACUGGUCGUUUCAUAUGGCAACCUGGUACUUUUGCCCCGGUAGAGAACCCUUAUGCUUGGGUCAACCUAACCAAUGUGUUGUGGGUCGACCAGCCUAUCGGAACAGGCUACUCCGUCGGCACACCAACUGCUGUUUCACAAGAAGAGACAGCAGAGGACUUUGUCAAGUUCUUCAAGAACUUCCAGAAGAUUUUUGGAAUUAAGAACUUCAAGAUCUAUGUCACUGGUGAGAGUUAUGCUGGACGUUACGUGCCCUACAUCUCAGCUGCGAUGCUCGACGAAAAAGACAAGGAGUAUUUCGACCUAGAUGGCGCGCUGGCAUACGACCCGUGCAUUGGACAGUUCGACUCCGUGCAGGAAGAAGUGCCCGUUGUGCCCUUCGUCCAGCAAAACGCAAACCUGUUUAACUUCAACGAAUCAUUCAUGGCAGAGCUCGAAAAGAAGCACAAAUCCUGCGGAUACGAGGAGUUCAUCGACAAGUACCUCACUUUCCCGCCACCCAAAGUCCAGCCGCCCAUGUUAUCCAGCAGCUUGGCCGACGACUGUGAUCUGUUUGACCUCGUCUACGAUGAAAUCUUCCACAUCAACCCAUGCUUCAACCUCUACGAGAUCAACCAGAUGUGCCCGCUCCUCUGGGACGUUCUCGCCUUCCCCACCUCGCUCGACUAUCAAGCGCCUGGAGCAAGCGUCUACUUCGAUCGCGCAGAUGUCAAGCGAGCGCUACACGCGCCCAAUGAGACCUGGAGCGGGUGUUCCCUCGAGCCCGUGUAUGUCGGUGGCGACUCCGGCCCGGAGCAAGAAGGCGACAUUUCGGCGAACCCGAUCGAGCACGUCUUGCCGCAGGUCAUCGAGGCUACUAACCGCGUUCUCAUUGCAAACGGUGACUUUGACAUGGUUAUUAUCACCAACGGUACGCUCCUAGCCAUCCAGAAUAUGACCUGGAACGGCCACCUCGGUUUCCAAAAGAAGCCACACACUCCCAUCGAUAUCAAAAUUCCGGACCUCUUGUACGCCGAUGUCUUUGCGGAGAACGGUGCGUCUAGUCUCGAUGGUUCUCAGGGUAUCAUGGGUGUUCAGCACUAUGAGCGUGGUCUGAUGUGGGCUCAGAGUUACCAGGCUGGUCACAUGCAACCGCAGUACCAGCCUCGUGUGGCUUAUCGCCACCUUGAAUGGUUGCUCAGACGCACCGAGGAACUCUAG